UGAAAUUUUAUUAGCCCGGCAUCCCAACAUACCGACCACCUAAUUGAAGAUUCAACAACUAAAUCGCUGGCGGUCAAGUUCUCCACUGAUUGAGGCGAGAAGGACAACAUGUCUUCAUUGUUCUCUUAUUCAUAGUAUUAUUUUUAUAAUUCUAUUUUUAUUUAUUUUUAUCCCUUCAAAUGACUAGAACAGCACCACCAUGAAAUGCCCCUCGAUCAAUUCGCUCGGCCGUCUUGCCAGCAACAGGUCGUGGACAUGUUCGAAUUGCCGCACCCAAUUACUUGUAACCCACGUUAGAACAACGCAACCUUCUAUUACAAGAAAAUAUACGACCGGUCCUUCAGGAUAUUCGUCUUCGGGAUACUCGAGAAAAACACAUAGAUCAUCAAAGACAAGAGUUACCGUCUUGACCGCUGCUGGCACAGUCGCCGCCGGAGCAGGAGUCUUAGCGUUUACCGAUGACAUUAAGGCCGGGUACGAUGCUACAGAACGUUCGGGAAGAGUUGCUGCAGCAUUGGCAUUAUGUAUCAACGAUUAUCGAACUUCUUUAAACCAACGUGACCAGACAGAGGAUCCCGAUGAAAGAGACCACAUACUAAGGGGAUGUCACAAGAGGUGCGCAGAGCGGACGCUUAAAGUACUCGAGAAGAAUGGAGGCAUUUUCAUUAAAUUAGGACAACACUUGAGUGCCAUGACUUAUUUACUCCCGCGCGAAUGGACCGAUACGUUUAUACCACUACAAGAUAAAUGCCCCGUGUCUUCGUUCCAGUCGAUCGAGGAAAUGUUCCGCGCAGACACAGGCGAAGAGCUCAAAGAUUAUUUCUCCGAAUUUUCGGAACAGCCAAUAGGGGCUGCCUCUCUUGCCCAGGUUCAUCUAGCGACGAUUAAGGAAACUGGUAGAAAAGUUGCCGUCAAAGUCCAACACCCAGGGUUGGCGCAAUGGGCGCCCCUCGAUUUGGCCUUGACCAGAUUUACUUUCUCGACUUUGAAGAAGUGGUUCCCGGAGUACGAUCUAGAGUGGUUAUCUUCUGAGAUGGACGUUUCUCUACCCCAGGAACUCGACUUCCAGCUCGAAGCUGCAAAUGCGAUCCGAACACAGAAAUACUUCGCGCAACGCCCCGAAUUACCCCUUGUGGUCCCCGAAGUUAUCUGGGCGAAGAAGCGGAUCUUGGUCAUGGCGAACGAAUCGGGCCAUCGUCUUGAUGACCUGGAAUACUUGGAUUCGAAUCAUAUCGAUCGAGACGAAGUUUCUGCUACGUUAGCCCAUAUCUUCAAUGAGAUGAUUUUCGGUAAGGGUGCUCCUCUGCACUGCGAUCCUCACGGCGGCAAUCUUGCUAUUCGGAAGGUGACUCCUCGGAGAAGAGGCCGCCACAACUUCGAAAUCAUCGUAUACGAUCACGGCCUAUACCGAGAUAUUCCUGAGGACUUACGACGCUCUUACGCCAAGAUGUGGCUGGCAGUUAUUGACGGAGAUAUGCCCUCGAUGAAGCGAUAUGCACACGAAGUAGCCGGGAUCACAGACGAACAAUUCCCUCUUUUUGCCAGCGCCAUCACAGGCCGCGAUUACACCGUAGUCAAGUCGUCGAUCCUAAAAUCGCGAUCUGACGAGGAAAAGAAGACGAUGGGCGACGCGCUCCAAGAAGGCCUUCUAUCCGACCUCGUAACCUUGCUGGGACAAGUGCCCCGAAUUAUUCUACUUAUCCUCAAGACGAACGACCUAACACGCAGCCUGGACGAGAACCUACACACCCGCCAAGGCCCGAUGCGGAACUUCAUGAUCCUAGCCCGGUAUUGCGCGCGCACGGUGUUCCGGGAGCAAGUCGAGGAGAUCCAGGAGCGGCCCGGGUCCUUGCUGUGGCCGGGCAAUGCGCUGCGGUUCAUGGCGGCGUGGGUGGGGUACCUGCGCGUGGAGCUGAAGCUCGAGGCGUUCGAGCUGUGGCUCACGGUCAAGAGGAUCGUAGGCCUGAACACGACUGGCUACGAGGGCCCUGUAUCAUUAUAAGUGAAAAAUAAAAUAGAAUAAUAACUGCCGGUAUUAGGUAACUACGACAUAAUAUACCAGGUACCUGUAUUACGCGGGGGCGGUAGGGGCAGCGGCAUCAUGUUCUUACUCUCUCCCUUAGGUACCUACUACUUUUUCGAAGCGAGAGUCUUUUUCUUUUGAUUUCUCAUGACGAGACGGGAUGAGAUGAGAUGAGAUGAGUUCGCGGAUGAACGGAACACUGGUUACUGGAUACCUCUUAUAGAUGGAUGGAUAGACAGAUAGAGGGUAGAAAGGGGGGAGAAGGGAGAGAGGAGAUAUGAGCAAGCAUUAAGCGGCGUCGAAGGGUGGGUAGGUGAAUGAAUGAAUAGAUACGAAACUUUGUUAAUGAGAUGCAACGUGAGUGAUGCGGUUUAUACAUAUACCUUAGGUAUUUACCUAAUUUUACUUAUAUACCUACCUAAUGUAAAGCUUUGGCUUGUGUUAUUUACCUACCUAACUUACCUACCCCCUACUAAUACAUGCCACGAGGCUCGAUGUGCUUGGUCUAGUGAAAG